AUGGAAGAAAAUGCAAACACCAGUUUGGAAGAAGAUUUCGAAGGACAAGCUACACACACAGGGCCCAAAGGUGUGAUCAAUGACUGGAGAAAGUUUAAAUUAGAAAGUGAAGAUAAAGACUCCUUGCCCUUGAGCAAGAAAGAAAUUCUUAGACAAAUGUCUUCACCACACAGGUCCUUCAGUAAAGAUGAUAAAGAUACCAGAGAGCGAUUCUGCCGUAAGAUGAGUAUGCAGGAGUAUGAAUUAAUAAAUGAUGAGAAAGAAGAUGAAAGUUGCCUACAAAAAUACCGUAAACGCUGCAUGCAGGAUAUGCACCAAAGGCUGAGUUUUGGGCCUAAAUAUGGCUAUCUGUGUGAGCUGCAAAAUGGAGAACAGUUCCUGGAAGCCAUUGAAAAAGAACGCAAAACUACCACCGUCAUCGUUCACAUUUAUGAAGAUGGUAUCAAGGGCUGUGAUGCUCUGAACAGCAGCUUAACCUGCCUUGCAGCAGAGUACACUACUGUGAAGUUCUGCAAGAUCAAGGCCUCAAACACCGGGGCUGGAGACCGCUUCUCAGAUGAAGUGCUUCCCACUCUGCUAGUCUAUAAGGGUGGAGAGCUUCUGAGCAAUUUCAUCAGCGUUUCUGAACAAUUCAAUGAGGAAUUCUUUGCUGUGGAUGUGGAGUCUUUCCUAAAUGAGUAUGGGCUGCUACCUGAAAGGGAGCUUCCAGCACUGGGAAAUGUCAACACGGAUGAGCAAGAUGUUGAAUAGAAAGCCAUAGUCUUUGCUGCCUUCCCUUUCUCUCCUGCACAUUAUGUAUCAGUCUCAGCAAUACCCAACUCAUUUAGAGAAGGCUGUCAUUGCUUCCUAACAUAUUUGUAAGAUAUGCGUAUAUAAAUACUCCUUAACUAACAGCAUGUGAAUUUUUAAGUUAGAACACAUACAACAUCCAGGAAUUUACAUAGUUACUUCUACACCAGGCACAAGUAACAGGAAGAACAAGAGAUGACACUGGUGAUCUGUAAGAAACUAGGCACACACAGAAUGAAAAAUUAAGGGCCCAAGCAGGUCUCUGCUAUGCACAAAAAUGACUUCAUAUCAACAGGAACAAAAUUAUGGAGAGUCCUGGCUCCACAGAUUCACAUUUCCAACUACUUUCAGUAGGGACAAGACUUUAUCCAUUCAUUUAGUUUUUAGGGCAAACAACUAGCCUGAAGCCCUUGCAAUCUUAAACAGCUUAGGUACCUAGGACACUAUUUCAUGUUUCCACAUUUAGUUUUCAGUAUGUGUGAAAAUACUGAAGUUAGCACAGUGCUUCUAUUAACUUUCUCAUCAUAACAGCUAACACAAACAAACUACCAGCUAAUUUCAGUUUAUCAUUGCUCCAUGUUUUCAACU